CUCCACUCCUACCAAUCAGCGCUUUCCGAGACCCAAUCAGCCGCAGGCGGUCGGCGACGCAAGCGACGUCGAGACUCUCCGUCAUUCAGAAGUUCGGGAGAGGCGGUUCAACGGUGCCAGUGGAUCAGGAGUUGUAGGAUCAAGAUGACAACUGGUGAUUUGAGGGGAUCCCUUCGAAAGUUAGAACAAGGACUUCGCUCACUGAAUUAUCCACAAGAUAUUGACUAUAAUGGUCUUGCAAAAGGUGAUCCAGCUGCCUUUCUACCAAUCAUGAGCUAUGCUUUCACCUCAUAUUCCACAUAUGUGACUGAGCAGCUAAUAGCAUCUGGAGUGGAACUUGCGGGAAAAAAUGACACUCGUUUUCUUGAUGCUGUUUACAAGGUAUUACGAGACCAGUUCCAGUAUAAACCAUUGCUUUUAAAGGAACAAUUUCUGCACUACGGAUUUGCAGAACGGAAGAUACAGCUUUUAUGUGACAUAAUAAGCCUUGUGACAAAAAAACACAAGGAGCUAAGCAACCUCAACAAGGAUAGGACACACUCAAGUAAAAAUUCACAUUAUGCUGUAAAAGUUUCAUCACGAUUUAAAUAUGAAAGGCACCUCCCUGAAAGUUUCCCAUGUGAAACAAAUGAAGCAAUAAGACCUUUAGUGGAGCGUCAUUUACCUAAUAAUGAUAUAAAAACAGCUGGUAUUUCAUUCAUUCGUGAAAAUGAUAUUGUUGAAGACAGGCCUCUUGUUCGUGGAGAAUAUGUGGAGCCACCAACUUCACAUGAAUCACAGGCACUGGAGAUUGCCAUGCUUAAGCAGCAGAUUGCCAAAUGUCAGGAGAAGCUUCAAGUAUUGGAUGUGAUACAGAGUAAACUACAAGCUUUAGAGUGUGCUACAGCUGGGAAGGUGAUUAUAGAUGCGAGGGAUUGGAACAAUCUGCUAAGCCGUGUUGUUCUGCUGGAAACUCAACUGUUGCUACAUUCCAAAAAGAACAAUUUGCCUUCCGAUUCCAUCAGUGGGAAUAGUGAAUAUACCCUGUGCCAACUGACAAGUCGUAACUCUUCAGAUAAAGAACUGAGAGUCGAGACGCCAGAGAGUCUUGGCCAUCAGUCAUCUGGAUACAACUCACUGUUAUCAGCAGACGAAUCGCCCAAAGCAAUGACCAUUAAUUCAUUAUGUCUGACAGAAGUCACAAAGUCAGAGACGAAGCAUAAAGUGGAAAGGAUAAACAAAAUGAUUGAAGAUACAUCAGAACUGCUGAAGUGUAGAGAUAGCUCAGCUGUAACUAAUAAUGCAGGCACGUCAUUGAUUCGCAAGCAAAAUUCCAUAGAUGCCGAAAAUCUAACAAAAACAGAAAAUAAUGGAAAUUCUCAGCACUUUAGGCAGUAACUGUGCAGAAACAUGCAGAACUAACCUUUCAAGUUGAUGCCUGUUGGUUGAUACAGCUAAUUGCUUCAUUGCAAUGCUUUGAAAUUUGCAUGUAUCACUGUUGAUAAAAGUACAAUUAUAUAUUUUUUGAAGAUAUUUAAUUUAUAAUAAGUUUAACUUAUUCACCAGCACCUAAACUUCUGAUUAUGAAGAUUUAUAACAUUGGAAGUUACAAUAAUAAAUCUCCAUGAAAUUAUUUAAAUUUGAAUAUUUUUUCCUCACGUUUGCCAUAGAGUUUCUUGUUAAUUUUUGGUCGGUGAAAUUUCUUCUUUCUCUAAUCAUGAGGCAUAAGAUGAACACAAAUGAAAAGUCGACCAUGACCCCAUCAUUAAAUUCAGAAUUUUGUUAAUUUUGUUUCACUGAAUGAUUUCAGUCUCAUUUCAGUCAUGACUUCCAAUUCUUUACUGAACCAGGUCAUUUGAAAAUAGUUGCCUAGAAAAUGGAUCAGAUUCAUAUUUUGUGUUCUAAACAUAGAACAUGGUAAUUGAGGCUUAAGGUUGCUCUGAAAAUUUCCUUCACUGUCUCAAAGGAGUUAAUCCAUGGAUAAUGAUUUUUAUGGAAUGCAACACAUUCAUGGAGUUCACUUGUAGGUUUUUGAUCGUCUUGUAUUAAGUUUGUGAAAUCCAUGGUCUGCAAAGGAAGGACCAUGCCAUUGCUUUAGUUGAAUAUUACUUAAAAAGGAACAUAGUCAAAAGGCCAGUGAUAGGAAAUCAACUCUCUCUUCUCCCAAUAUUCCCCUUCAGUUAAGUCUCGGUCCCCUAAAAUAACAUAUUUAAAGAUCAAAGAUUAUAUUUACUUACCACUUGUACAUUGAAAUAGUAAAAUGUGCUGUUUUAUAUCAAAUCGGCUAGGGUUGUGCUGGGCAGCCAAUAAGUAUCACCAUGCUUCCAACGCCAACAUAGCAAGCCCAUAGCUCAUUAACCCUAACUGUACAGCUUUGGAAUGUGGGAGGAAUUGAACCCUUAUCUCACAGCUGGCACUGUGAAGUGUUGUGCUAACGGCUACACUACCUUGCUGUUCCUCUCUUCCCCUCCCCCCCCCCACUUGGAAGACUCCCUUGGAAGUUCCAUUGCCCAGAUUCCAACCACACCUGUCAAUGUCACAGCUGUCUAAUCCCCUUGCCUAGGUAUUCCCCCUCACCACAACCAUCUCCUCUCCCAACUACUGUUUAUAUGCCAUUCAUUACAACAACUAUGUUUGCUGUGCUUUAAAUAUUCAACUUCUUCACAAGCAUCAUUUAUGUGAAAUUCUGAUGUAAUCAUGUCUUAUUCUUAUAUUGCAUGCAAAGGGUCCCACAGCACUAUCGAAACAAUGUUUUCUAAUAUUCUGGCGGGUAGUUAUCUCUUAGGGUGGCAUGGUAGUGGAGUGCUGAGUGCAAUCAUUUCCAUGCCAGCGAUCACCAAUUGGAGUUCUCCCUGUGACCAUGUAGGUUUCCUCCCACAUUCCAAGAAGAUGUAUGGGUUAACGUUAGUAAGCUGUGGGCAUGCUAGGUUGGCGUCAGAAGCGUGGCGACACUUGCAGUCUAAUUUGAUUUGACACAUUUCACUAUGUUUGAUGUACAUGUGACAAAUAAAGUUAACCUCUUUGUCUUAACCCACUUCACCUUAUUUCAGUUCUUUUUGUAGAACUGUCUGCUGCAUUCUCCAAUGUUGCAAAAAUGAUGUAUCUUUAAAUGAUGUAUCUUUAUCUUUCAAAGUUAAUGAUUGAGUAGAUGAUAAUUUAUUAUUUCAAAAUUAAUAGAUGUAUUCAA